AUGGACAUUAAACAGCAAUGGAUUCCUGGAAAUUUUAAAAGUGUCCCCGAUAUUGGACAUACAGCACAACAUGAUGUUGUUCAGCAUGGCUGGACUCCAAUCACAACUACUACUUCUGUGCUUGGUGUUGUGUUUGAUUCCGGUGUAGCUUUGGCUGCAGAUACACUCACAUCAUAUGGUUCUAUGGCGUGUUUCCAGAACAAUCCCAGAAUAUUGACGGUAAAUCAAAAUAUUAUUGUAGCUGCAGCAGGUGAAUACUCCGAUUAUCAAUUUAUACGAGAUGUUGUUGAAGAAAAAGUGAGGACUGAAAAGAGUCUUAAUGAUGGAAUAUCAAUGAAACCAAAAGCUUUACAUACUUGGCUGUCCCGUGUCUUGUACAAUCGCAGAACCAAGAUGAAGCCACUCUGGUCCACAUUCUUAGUGGCUGGAGUCCAAAACGAUGUUCCCUUUUUGGGUGAAAUCGAUAAAUUGGGAACCGCAUUUGCAGAUGAACAAAUUGCUAGUGGCUAUGGUGCAUAUCUUGCAUUGCCAUUAAUGCGUAAAGCUAUUGAUGAAAAGCGUGAAAAAUUCAAUUCAAAACUAACAAAAGAUGAAGCUAUUGAUCUACUUAAAAAGUGCAUGGAAGUAUUGUAUUACAGAGAUGCAAGGAGCCACGACAAAUAUCAAAUUGGUAUUGUUACUAAAGACUCUGUUGAAACACAGAAUCUUGCAUUGAAGCCGAGAUGGGAAGUUGCCAAGUUGGUACAAGGAUAUGAAUAA